AUGGGGCAAAAUACGUCUCACCAAUUACCUCUGACAGACAGCCAAGAAGUUCUCAAUGUUUCGGAGGUGUUCGACCGCGCUACAAUUUAUGCAGCUCAGAAGCUAAAGGAGUAUCUUGGCUUUGAAGACCCCCUGAGUAAGCUCUGCCCAGCUCCAAACACGCUGAAUGAAAUCUUCCUAAUCCACUUCAUCACUUUCUGCAAAGGAAAGGGAGUUGAUGAAUGGCUUACCACUACCAAGAUGACGAAGCACCAAGCCUCCCUGUUUGGGGCAGACUGGAUCUGGACCUUUUGGGGUCCUGACAAACAGAUAAGGCUUCAGCUGGCAGUGCAGACGCUGCAGAUGUCUGCUCUUCCUCUCGCGGAAUCUAAGCCUUGUGACCUCCCCAGUUUGGUAUCGAGAGCAAAGGGAGAGUCUGCCACGAAGAAGAGUCGAUUCGAUCAGCUGGAGGAAUUCUGUACCUUGAUAGGAGAGGAUUGCCUUGGCCUCUUGAUCAUCUUUGGCGUGCCGGGGAAGCCUAAAGACAUCAGAGGAGUUGUCCUGGACGCUGUCAAAAGCGAGGCAGCGAAGAGCCGCCUGCCGGGAAGGGAAGAGGUGGUACGAUUUGUGCUGGAAACGGAACAUUGUGUCUCCAUCAGAGAGCUGCUUGGAAGCUGUCUGAGUAAGAAAGACGGGCUCAGAGAGGCGGGCAAAGUUUACAUUAAUAUCCUCUGA